UCACACUCGCUUACUGACUAAUCGCAUAAGCCCCUCUCCCGGACUCCCAUAGACCUCGAUCGCACUACCCUGAUGAUGCCUGUUCAUGUCCUAUCUCUUCUUCCGCGGCUCCUUAAACUCGCUGGGAGUAGUCUGAUCAAUCUAAACUGGAAUGCGUUGACAAAUCUGACAGGAUCCUGAGUUUCUUGCGCUACUACGACUCUCAGUGUUCGCGCCGGUUCAUGUCAUGAAAGGCCAACUUCUGCCCAAUACCCCCGGUCUCCCUGAUGUUGGUGCAAAAAAAGAGACCGAGCCAGGGAGUCGGAUGGACCUGCUGUUCAUUCCGCACUCCCGCAACCAAAUCAUCAAAGCAGGAACAAUACAUGAUAAGCGAGAAAUCAAUCGUCGAGCGCAGAAGAAUGCAUUCAUCAAACGAAAACAGGCACGACAAGAUGAAGCUGUGCGAAAAGCCGAAGCAGCUCCUUUUCGUUUGUUUGGUGAUCUUCGUCAUCCUGAACCUCAACAUGGCUCUCAAACACCCUCACAGGAACCAGAAGGAGUUGAAAGGCCGAGUGGGACCACCGCAGUCGGUUCGCUACAUUACUAUCACGCACCCAGCGUGACUACUUACCUGGACACCGGUCGAGUUGAUCCCUUCGACACAGGCAAGAUUCCGAUGACUCCACAGAUGCAAAGCGUCUUUAUGUGGUACUUUAACGUGAUCCUACCAGUGGUCGAACCAACGCAGGUAGAAAGGGACGAUUAUAGUCGAUGGGCAGUACCACUAUUUGGCCAGAAGCCUGCGUUACUUUACGCUCUCCUGACUUGCAUGGCCCACGACAUCGAACAAUCUACUGUGGCCGGGUUCGGUCCUCCAACAAGGAGGAAUAUGACUUCAGAACGACUUCAAUAUAAGGUCAAAGCCAUCGAGGCACUGAACGAAUCUCUGGCGGAUCCAACAGCUGCGGCCGAGCCAUCAACGCUUCUCGCGGUCCAUUUUCUUCUCUGGCAAGAGGUUGGUACAUCCCCAUCUAUGGCUUUUGCAUAUUGCCCAAUCGCAACGGCAUCUGAUACUCUCCUACAGAUUUUUGCCGGUGACGAAUGUGUACACCUGGAUGGUGUACAGAGACUGCUGGAGUGGAGAGGCGGAUUUCAUGGGCUACAACGGAAAGCACUGGAAGGCGUCAUGCUAGGAUGCUUCUGGAGGGCCAUUAGGACCCGAACGAAACCCACUCUUCCAAUGGUGCCGGGUGACUUUCAACUCACAGACGAGCAAUUUUCGAAUAUUCUGUCAAAGUGCGACCCAGCGAUCGCUCGAAUAGGCGAAGCCUUCCAAGACCCCGAACUCAGUCCUCUCUUCGAUGGCGAGAUGUUCCAGUUGCUCCAAAACGCACGGAAAGCAUGGGUAUGCUUCGAAUUAAUCGGUGUUUACGAUUUUCACCCGGAGAUCAAAAGACAAGCCACCAUCAUGCGCGUCAAUAUUGACCAUCGUUUGCUCUCAUAUCCCUUCGACCACUAUGGGACGCAUCGACCCAUCCAAGAAGCGAUUCGUCAAGCUUUUGUCACCUUCAGCAGCGCUCACUACUGUGUCGUCCAACCAUCUAGCAAGAUCGCCCGUUGCCAUAUCGAGGAUUUACAGAAUGCACUUAUAAUGACCGACUUGAAGUCCUGCUGGGGCACUGCUAGCAGGGCGCUCCUGUGGGUGUUAUUUCACGGAGCGCACCUAACCUUUGGCCAACGUGAGCGACCAUGGUUCGUGACUGCUCUCGCCAGAGUCUCGCAGAGCCUGCAACUACAGACCUGGAUACAAACCCGGGCGAUACUCGUACGGUUCUACUAUGUCGAUCGGGUAUUUCAGGACUCCUUCCGGAAAAUCUGGGAGGAGGUGGAACUUGUGCGUAAUAGCUUGUCGAGCUGGUUUUGAGUUUCGCUGAGACCAUGACGACUUCGGCGUCAAGGCCAUCCCGGCUUGCGAUUUAUAUGGCGCAAGAAUAACAAUAUCUUGAAGAUGGAGGUGAAUAUCCCACAUGGGAGAAGACCUGCCCGGGGACUUAUAUAUGCGCUUUCUACUAUCAUCUUCGCGCUAGCUUUCAAGUCAACAUGCCGACGGCAUCAAAGGUUGAUGACACAAUAUGCGCUGUCGUCAGCAGAGUCUUGCUGACGAACGUAGCCGUUUCUUUUACAUGACUGAUGCAAAUUCAUUUAUUCUCAAAGACCGAGUGGUG